CCUCGAGUGACCAGUCACAUGACAGAGGAGCAGCCAGUUCACCUCCUGAGUCCUGACCUCUAGUCCGUAUCGGACCUGCCUCACUGAACCGCGUAGCGCUAAACGGGGUUAUUUCAAAUUGACACCGGUAUUAACCGCAGCACAGCCGGGCAGUAAAGGACCAGCAGGCUCCUGUAACAGAAAGUCGCUGCGGAACAAGCUGUCCUGAAAUACGAAAGGGCAGCACCAUGCGCCGGUCAGCGGAGUGAGUCUCCGUGUCACACCACGUCGUGUUAGUUAUGUGGUAACUGACGAGGAGAGGGGUACGCCACUGUGUAUUAUUUAUUGGUGUCGUGGGUAGGCACUAGUGCGCAAAAUUAGCAAUAGCAAAGAAAAAAAAAACAGCUGCAAAGGGGAGGUUUCAGAGCCGGGGUAAAGCGGAAGCCGGAGCAGGAAGGACGGACCGACGAGACCAGACCAGCAGAGCUAACAUGGCGCCCUUGCAGACAUGCAGAGUUCCUGGAGCGGUAUCGCUUUGUAAUCUGGCAGUCUUGUCAUUGCUACUCCUGGGCGCGGUAGCACCGCAGCCGGCGCUGGGGAAGAAGCACCAUCAACGAACGAUCACUGACAGGACCUGGCAAGAUAUACUGGAGGGCGAGUGGAUGGUAGAAUUCUAUGCCCCAUGGUGCCCAGCCUGCCAGCAGCUUCAGCCAGAGUGGAACGACUUUGCAGAAUGGGGGGACGACAUUGGGGUCAGUAUCGCCAAAGUGGACGUCACCGAGGAGCCAGGGCUGAGCGGUCGCUUUAUCAUCACAGCUCUUCCAACCAUCUACCACUGUAAAGACGGUGUGUUCAGGAAGUACGAGGGAGGCAGGACUAAGAACGACUUCCUGAGCUUCAUCGAAGAGAAGAAAUGGCGCGAGAUCGAGCCUGUGUCAUCCUGGUUUGGGCCCUCGUCCUUCCUAAUGAACACCAUGUCGGGCCUGUUCAAGCUCUCCAUGUUUAUAAGGCAUUGUCACAAUUACUUCACGGAGCAUCUGGGCUUGCCGGCGUGGGGCUCCUACGCGAUCUUCGCUCUGGCCACCCUGUUCUCUGGCCUCGUUCUGGGGCUGAUCCUGGUGUUUGUGGCGGACUGUGUGUUCCCCUUCCGCAGAUUCACUCCUCAGAACUACUACCAGAGGAAGCAGGCUGUGGACCAGGCUCGGAUCAUGAAGAGGCUGGAGGCAGAGCAGGAGGCGGACGGGGAGGCUGACGAGGAAGACGAGUACGAUUACGAGGAGGAAGGGGAGGGGGAAGAGGUGUGGAGGAAGAGAGGAGGCAGCGAGCCCGAGGAGAGGCACAGCAGGGUCAGAGAGCGGCUCCAUGCACAGGAAGAGGAGGAGGGCUCCCCGGAUACGCUGCGCAAGAGAAACCCUGCCACCGCCGACCAGAGCGACCCCUAGAGGACGGGAGAGGAACUGCAUGCACCUCGUACACAGUGACUGGGAGAGCUGAUCCGAGUCUGCAGUGUGGCUUGAUGCCUGUGCUCUUCAGUUGUCUGUCAGUAUGUCUGUCUGUCUGUCUAACCUACUGGAGGUGUGCAGGAAAUUAACAUUGGACUGUCCCUUUUAAAAAUAAUAAUCAAAGCAAGACAUCAGCUUUCUCUAAGUAACGUUGCUUCAAUAUUCAGCCAUAAGAUGGCUCUCAGCGCUCAGUGAAAAUGAUACUUUAAAAGGAUUCAGCCUAAAAGGGAACUGAUCCGAGCUGCAAUAUUCAAGUUUCAUUCAGUUUUUUAUUUUUUGUAAUGCUUAAAAGCUGACCUGUCGAGAGACAGGGUUCGUGUUCUUGCCUGUCCGUGUUUGUUUAAAGCUCUUUGUAAGAGAGUAAGAGAAAGCAUGCUGGUCAGGUUCUGUAAAGUCUCGCACCCUCUUAAACAUUUCGUAGGAGGCACUGGAAGCAUUUGAACUUGAUAGCAGCAAAGCCUUUCUCUUAAAUCGUUUUGUGAAUUUAGGACUGAUCUGCUUUCCUUUGUCUGAGGAAUUGCAGGUUUGUUUGAUCUUUUAAUUUCCAAGCCAUUUAUUAACUUCUGUUCCUUCCAUCUUUUCAACAUGCUCCUUUAUACUCCAGCUGUACUGUAUACUAGGCACAGUGCUGUGCGUCUCAAGCAUGGUUACAUUGUUACAUCUAAUAAAUACAUUGCUAUAGAAAAUGAGCAGUGCUACCCAGAGGGGUUUGAUACAGCACCUUGACACAUGAAACUGCAGUUCUGGGUCAGGCACUUCAUCCGUUUGCUUAUGAAAGCUUUUGAUAACCUGAGAUGAUGUGGACUUCAGGUUUUACAUUUUAAGAUGCAUUUUAUUAUUAUUAUUUAUUUCUUAGCAGACACCCUUAUCCAGGGCGACUUACAAUUGUUACAAGAUAUCACAUUAUACAUUAUUUCACAUUAUACAGAUAUCACAUUAUUUUUACAUAAUUUAUUACAUAAAUUAUUUAAACAGGUUUUUACUGGAGUAAUCUAGGUAAAGUACCUUGCUCAAGGGUACAACAGCAGUGUCCCUCACCGGGGAUUGAACCCACGACCCUCUGGUUAGGAGUCCAGAGCCCUAACCACUACUCCACACUGCUGGCCAUGUGAUGCAUACGUUUCCAUUCCACUUAUUACAAACAUGGUAUAAACUUGUCUGCAGAAGUGCUUUCAGGCACACUUGUUUUUCAAUAUUCCUGUUAAAUUGGGUUGCGUGUGGCCAUGAGGACAGCACAGUAAUAAUCCAACAGCAACACAGAACACCCAGGCGCGUGCUUCAGGAGAAUACCCAGCGGUGUGCUGUUACUCAGCUCUUGUAAGUAAGACUUGUUGGAGAAAGCUUGGUUAAUACAAAGUCUGGGUCUUUAAAGAGCAAUUUGGGAAUAAAAUGUCAGAUUGACGAUAUAUCAGUUUCAAUUUCAGUCAUCGCAUCAAGUAAUACACAGUAUUGUCAGUGCUGUUUACUGCUGAUGUUUAACCUACAUGUGUUCACUUGCAUGGAUCUGGCAGAGCCAAGGUCUUCAGAAGUACCUUUUGUUCACGCACCCUUUUCUAAUACCGCACUCGGGUCGAUAAGGUUAAUCGAUCGAUUAUUUAAUCGUUCAAUGCUCAUGAAUCAUUAAUGGAUUGAAAUCCCGACUUGAAAGCGCUUGUGUUCUCCUCAAAGUAUUCCUGCAUCCAGUCGGAGCGGAGUGUUGCAGGGGGCAGGAUAACGGUGCACCAGACACACCUGGGAGUUUCGAAAUGAUCCUGGAAGCUCUCUUGAGCCAUGGCUGUUCUCUCGUGCCCUCAUGUCACAAGUUGCUCUUCAGUGUUGCAGGACCGUCCUGCUGCUCUGAGAAUGUCCGUUUGUUUUAGUGCUGUUGGUGUCUCUUUGGAGUGAUAUUAAAUUUGUUCACAUGGGAAAGGCGUCCUAUGGUGCUGCUUUUGAGAUCCUGUACUAGUUCAGUGUAGCUGCAAUGCUGUUCAGAGGCUUUCCUUUUUUGUCUUCUGUUUUAUAAUGUUUUGCAAAGUUGGGUUCCAGACUGCUGCAGAGAACAGCAGAACGGUGAGCCGAUUCCCAGGGAGGGGGCUAGCUGAGGAAAGGCUGUCUCCUCUAGAACAAUGUGGAUUUCAAAUACUCUACAUGUUUACUGACACCUGAAAUAUACACCACACAGGGCAUUACAAACUGCUAACGUUGCACCUUGGAUUCAGAGCCGAAAUAAGUCAAUAAUAAAAAAUUAAAAAAU